AUGGAAGAGGAUAAGUUAAUACAUAAACCACCCAAACUGAACCAUAAGGUGAUCAGUAACCGUCAAUUUGAAAAGAUAGAGAGUAGUCACAUUGAUUAUCCUGACGGUUCUUCAAGUGAUCCCAGUGACCCAUUUUCUGAUACCAAUGAAGAACUGGGCAGUGGUGACGAACCCCAAAACACUUAUAGAGAUAGUCAUGAUGAAGAUUUCGAUGAACACGACCCUAUAAGGUACAAUCAAUCGGAAUAUACCGAUGAUUUUGGUAAUUCCUAUACCAUUGAUUUUGAUUACAAACGGUAUACAUCAAAGUUAUCAUUCAAAGGAACCCGUCUUGUGUAUUUCACUUCAGCUUUUGUAUCGCUAUUUGUGUCAUUGUUUGGAUACGAACAAGGGGUUUGUUCGGGGAUUUUAACGUUUGUGACGUUUAACGGAUAUUUUGAUAAUCCCGAUGCUACCACUAUUGGACUUAUCAUCUCAAUUUUGGAGAUCGGGGCAAUGAUCAGUUCGUUGUUAGUAGCAAAAUUGAGUGAUUAUUUAGGAAAAAAACGAACUAUUUUGAUCGGAACGUUCGUGUUCAUGAUUGGUGGGUGUUUGCAAAGUUUCGCUACCAAUCUUUAUGUUUUCUCCGUUGGAAGAGUACUCAGUGGAUUUGGUGUGGGGAUUUUAUCAACUAUAGUCCCAAGUUAUCAAUGUGAGAUCUCUCCAAGUGAAGAAAGAGGAAAAUUGGUUUGUGGGGAAUUUACCGGAAAUAUAAGUGGUUAUGCUUUAAGUGUAUGGGUAGAUUAUUUCUGUUAUUUCAUCCAAAAUGUUGGGGACGCUAGAGAGAACCCUCAUUCUUUUGCUGCAAAUUUAAGUUGGAGACUACCACUUUUCAUCCAAGUACUUAUUGCUUUCAUUCUUUUCGUAGGAGGUUUCUUUAUUGUUGAGAGUCCAAGAUAUCUUUUGGACAUCGACCACGACCAACAAGGGUUCCAUGUAUUGAGUUUAUUAUACGCUUCUGAUCCAGAAUAUGAUAAACCUAUCAAGGAAUUCUUUUUAAUCAAAAACAGUAUCUUGAACGAGAGAAUAUUAAUUCCCAAAUUCGAAAGAAGUUGGAAGAAUAUGUUCAAGAAUUAUUUGACUAGAGUGUUAAUUGCUUGUUCUUCAUUUGCAUUCGCUCAAUUCAAUGGUAUAAAUAUCAUCAGUUAUUAUGCGCCAAUGGUUUUCGCUGAAGCAGGAUUCAAUGAUUCUAAUGCCUUGUUAAUGACAGGUAUAAAUGCCUUGGUAUACUUACUUUCCACAAUCCCACCAUGGUUUUUAGCAGAUAAAUGGGGUAGAAAACCAAUUUUAGUAAGUGGGGGUCUAAUGAUGGCUAUAUGUCUUUAUCUCAUUUCGUUCGUCAUGUAUUUGAAUAAAUCAUUUACUCCAAAUUUGGUAGCUUUAUUAGUUAUCAUAUAUAAUGCGGCUUUCGGAUAUAGUUGGGGACCUAUUGGGUUCUUAAUCCCACCAGAAGUGUUCCCCUUAGCCGUGAGAUCAAAAGGGGUGUCAUUAGCAACAGCCACAAAUUGGUUGGCAAAUUACAUUGUUGGUCAAUUGACUCCUAUUUUACAAGAGUCCAUUGAAUGGGGAUUGUAUCUUUUCCCUGCUUGUUCGUGUGUGAUUUCCAUAAUAGUGGUUAUCAUUUAUUACCCGGAAACUAAAGGAAUUGAGUUAGAACAUGUAGAUAAAUUGUUUGAAGAGUAUUAUAACAGUGGUAAACCAAAAAUGAACUAUAUAGAAGUUCAACAAAAUGAUAGAGAUUUUGAAAUGGAUGAAUUGGAUGAAUUAGAUUAUGAAAACUUUAGAAGAUAA